UAGGCGCUCAGUAUGAGGAAGUGACCAGCACUUUGUAUGUGUCUCCUGUUUGUUUAUAGUCCAACUGGUUACCUGGCUCACAGUCUGCUACAGGACAUCCAUCCCCAGUGAUGAACAUGGCGUCAGCAUCUGAGCAGGAAACCAGAUUGUGUGGGAAUUGUAAACGUGAAAUUCCAUCAAGCAACUUCACCAUCCAUGAGAUCCAUUGCAGGAGGAAUAUCAGUGUGUGCAGACUAUGCAAGGAGCCAUUCCCCACGUCGGAAAUGGACGAGCACAUGGCUACUGAACAUGCCCCGGUUACAUGCAAAUGUAAAAAGACCAUGGAGAAAUGUGAUUUGGAGGAACACAAGCGGAAUGCCUGCCCAUUGCGCCUUCUUAAAUGCCAGUUCUGUGAUCUAGAACUUGCCUUUAAUAAACUUGGUGACCAUGAGGAUUACUGUGGAGCUCGUACAGAGUGCUGUGAGAAAUGUGGACACAGUGUAAUGACAAAGGACCUAAGCAACCACCCUCAGGUGUGUGGCAAGCAGGCUGAACCAAAGAGACCUGCUAAAUCACAAACCUAUGUGGAUUACAGGGACCUUGACAACGAUGGAGCAUGGUUUGAAAGAAGUGACCUUCAAAACCCAUUUAGAGACAAUGUGAAUUCUAGGGCACGAGGUACUGUGCCUAGUAGAUUUUACAGAAAUUCCUCUUUACCAGAGUUUAUGAAAACAAGGCUUGAUAAAAGAGGAGAGCAAAACAGAGUAAGUGAACGAACAAUUCUAUCAAGAUCUAUUACUGCAAAGAAACCAGGGGAAGCAAGGGCUGCUGUUCCCUCCAUACCCAUCAGAAAACAACCAGGAGUUGAUUCUUUUAAGUCCCUGAGUCUUCAGAACGAUGGUCUUUCCAGCCCUGAACCUGAUCCAGUUGCUAACUAUGACUUUUGGAAAGCGGUUUACUCUAAAAGCCCCCCCCAAAAUAAUGCUCCUCAAUGGCAGGACAGUCGCAACUUCCUCUCUAACAAUGAAACCAAGUGGUAUGAUCCUGGAGAUUAUGAAACUGAUGACAUUAAGCUGCCUUGUGAAUUCUGUGAAAAGCUGAUUCCGGAGCACAAGCUUAUCUUGCACCAGUCUGGUUGUAACUCGGCCGCAUUUGCUUCUUUCUGUGAAGGAAGAACCUCUCCUAAACCUCUGCAGACUUCUCAGCAGGAAAAAGAAACUGAUUGGCUGCCAGAGCCACCUGUCCAAAGCAAGCGUUCCAUCUCCCCAUCACUACCUCUAAAUAACUCACAAAGAGUCCUCAUUCCGUGUGAAUUCUGUGGAGUACCAAUGGAGCAGGAUAUUCUCUUUCAUCACCAGGAUCAAUGUGAUCUGUGUCCCACCUCCGAACACGUUUCGCCUUUUUCAUCAUCAUCCUCAUCAUUCCUCCCCAUUCAUAAGAACUCUGAUAGGGAGGAAGCUGGAGUCCUGGAGAAGCUGCCAUCGGGCCUGUCACUUAAAGGAGGUACAAUAUGCAGUCAUAGAAACAACCUUCAAAAGGAAAACCUCAAGCAACUUAAUUCUUUAAUAGAAAGUCGUCCAGAGGGGCGAAAGACAUUCCAGACAAACACAUCAAGAACACGGUUCUCUGGACAAGAAUCAAAUGUGACGGACACGAAAACUGAGGAGGAUGAUAUGAGAUUUGGCAGAAACCAUCACUUCGGUUACCCUGAUUCCGGGUUCUAUAGGAGUUUAUCAACCAGGAAUGACUUUGAAUUUUCAACAAAUGCAAAUGGACUCAACCCCAGAAACAAGCCAAAGGCAAAGAAACCAAACUCUGUGACUGGAGAUGUUGAAAAGGAGGAAUAACCACCAAUCUUAAACUGCAUUAAAGAUAUAUUGCUUCAUCUGGACUAUGGCUAUAUGUUUCAAUCAUUAGUCUUGCAUGUGUCCAUACUAUGCAACAUAUUGCUUUUUGAGUCUUUUAAAGGGUUAAAUAUUUAUAUUUCCAUUGGUAAAAAUAAGAACUGCCAUUUUUUUAAAUUUUUUUUUGGUAUAGUUGACCUUCAGAACUCUUUCACUGUAUAGUGUGCAACACUUUUUAUAUCCUAUUUUGUAAUUGUAUAUUUAAAAAAAAGCUUUAUAAUUUUUGGUGUAAUGGAUAGUAUAAAGCAGGCACUUUUCUUUCUGUUUUCUCAAUUCCUCUUUAAAAUAUUGGCAUUAAAUUGCACAGGACUACAUGUCCCUCAUGUGGUGGUCUGAUGUUCAUGACGUUUUGUGAAUAUAGCCUUGGCUGUUUUUAAUGCUUGCACGCGAAGUGUGGAAUUCUCGCCCCUCCUGUAGUUUUUACUUGAAGACUACUGGUGAAGAAUCAUUGGUACAGUAGUUCAACAACUUGUGAUUAGACUUACAAGGAGUUAUGCCCUAAACAAAGAAAUUACCUAUUUUGGCUUAACAUUCCUUUGUCGAUUCUCCAAAAUUCAGUUACUCUUCCGAACACUUGGAGUGGGUGAGCAAGAGGUGAAGACACUACUGGGCCUGUUACACAAACAAAAACAAACCACCAUGUGCAAGAAGUGAUCAAAAUCCUAUUGUGUGUCUUCUUUAUCUUAUGCUUGUUUACCUUUUGAAUUGUAUGAUUUUCCUUUUUUAACUUUUUUUUUUCAAACCAUGUGUUAAGCACACAAUGAAAUUACUCUCCUUGUCUUAAUACAGCUUGAGUGUAACUUAUUUUUUUUAUAGACCUAUUUUCCUCUUCCACUGUUCUUGGUGGAUCAUCAGUAUCUAGCCAUAUGGACAUGCUGUUAGGAAAGUAAUGGCCAGCAUUGUGAGAAUCGUACAGCUGUCAAGCAUGUUUCUUUUGAAGAACAAGUCUAUGAACUAGUUCAGUUUCUCAGAUUAAAAUCCAUGUUUCAUUCUGAAUUUGGACCUGCACUACUUUAAUCAUGAAUAUUGUGCUGAACAUAUCUGAUAUUUUUGAAAACACUGUAAACUACAUGAUUUCUCUAUUCUUGUAUAUGUAGAUUGUGAGAGGGGGAUUUAAUAGGUGUUGGUAAGAAAUUAAUACGGGCAGUGCUAGAUGUAGCACAUUUGUCACCCGAUAUAUAAUUUGUCAUAAAAUGUAUGUUCUUUAUUAAAGAAAAUAUUCUGUAAA